AUGCAGGACACCAUCAAGCAAAUACACUCUGAAGACACAAGUAAACUAAAACCUUACAUAGGACAUUAUGUGGCUGUGGAGCCUGACAUGAAGGAGCUGGAACCAUCAAUUUUCUCCAAUGAUAAGAAGUCCCACGCUAGGAUGGGUAUCAACCACCCCCAACUCACUGCCAUGCUCUGUCCAAUCAAACACCUUACAUCCUACAAUGAGGAUUGCAAGAAAGUUCAAGCACAGCUGCAAAAUGGAGAGGUAAAGAUGCAUGCAGCUGCAUGGCCUGCAUUUGCAUACAAGGGUGAUUCACCUAGAGAAAACUUCGAUCCACUGAAUAUGCAAGACAACCUUUUCAAAGGCUAUCUUAUGAAACGGGUAUGUAACAUGUUUUUCUUUCUUGGCGCUGGCUCAACUUUCAACAACAGGUUUUCCAUCAUAUAUUCAAGGGUCCUUCCUCUGUGCUUGUCAAGGACGGAGAGACCAUAA